ACCCCUUCAGUUUCCAUGGCUAUGGUUCAGCCCGCUAGUGUCAUGGCGGCGCUGGGGACACUGGCUGCUAAAUGUUGUCGGUCGUUGCUUUCUAACCCCGGCAAAGGGCUGUUCUGUGGAGUUUUACGGCCAGGGUGGUUUCAUGGCCGCUUUGAAGCUAAGAGGAAUUUGUUGUCAGAAGAUGUUAUCAGACUGCAGGAUUUCCAGCAAAGAAAACUGGCUGUGGCUCACCUUGCUACCGGGUCAGAAGGCAAUUAUAUCGAGCUGUUCAAAGAGAAGAUGCAAAGGAAUGAGCUGAUCCUGCGAGAAGACCUGAAGCAGCUUCUCCACCUGUGCCAAACGCCAGAUGACAUGCUAAUAGCCAGGGAAGCCAUCUCUAGGUAUCACGCGGAAAACCGCAACCUUUUGUAUGGAGACUUCAAGUUUGGGCCGCUUUUCAUGAGGCUUUGCUAUGAGCUGGGGAUGGAGGCAAUGGCUGCUGCAACGCUAACAGAUAAGAACAUGAAAGGCUUUUUCCUUGAUUCAACUUCUUUUAACAUCGCCGUCAACAUGUUGUUUAUUAAAGGCUCGUAUGAAAAUGCUUUGGAAGUUCUAAGAACCAUGAGGAGCCAAAGAGUACCAUUCAACAAAGACACAAUGACACUGGCGACUGGCACCUGCUAUAAGCUGAACACAGCAGAAUCCUACAGAAUCUGCAUGACUCUAAUAGAGGAAGAACAGACCAGAGGACAGUUCAUCCCCCGCCAUGCAUACUGCUUCGCUGUAGCAUUGGCGCUGAGACAGAAUGACCUGGAAAAGGCACAGUCUAUGUAUUCACAAAUUAUGAGCACUGACAGCAAAUUGUGCCAGAACUUUAAGGUUAUGAUACUUGCAAUGUCUGGAGACAUUUCAGAAGCUGUUUUUGUCCUGUCGUCAGCAGUGUUGCCCAAAAGCCCGUUUUUUGUGAAAAAGCCAGAGUUUGCCCAGGAAGUGGUGGAUUUGCUCCGUUUGAGGAGUGAAGGCGGACCGUUCGAGAUGAAAGUGGAGCAGGUAGUGACUCAGCUCCAACGGGCCUCUCAGGUGACUCAGCAGACCCUCGAUGACAUGCUGUGCCAUGCCCCGACGGGGAAGAGGAAACCAGCUCUGAUGGAGGAGAAGAGGAAGACGAGCCGGAGGACUCUGAGGCCACUGCAGUCCAAUCUGUUGUCAGAGUGAAGCCAGGGACGAACAGUUAAAAUCAACUUUCUCACUGGUGAUGAACUAGAAUAAGACAUUUCUGGGAUGUUAUUGCUGCCCCGUUAGUAUGAGCUCUAUUACCGGCACAGUCAUUAAAGCCAGCGGUGUGUUUACCUCACAAAUAGUAAAAUAUUAUACCUCUACUUUCUACUAAAUUAUAAAAAUUGAGGACCUUAUACCCUCUCCAAAUUCUAGCAGCACAAAUCUCUUCUGAUACUUUGGAAAGGUUCCCAGGUUGGACCCAUCUCAUUGCCAAGAUGUUCUACAAAAACAGAAUAACUAAUGGUCAUUUAAAGCUUCUGUAGACCUCUAAAAAUAGGAUACAGUCUUUAGAUCUAAGACACACUGCUUCCCUGAGUCAUAUAAUCUGUAGAAACAUUGGGCAUCCAGACAAGUGUUUGGCUCCAAUCUCCCCUUUCCUUCAACACAAAGCUCCUGAAAGAAGUAGGAGAAUAACAGUAUUUGUUUUAUAAUCCGCUUCCAAGGAACCCAUAUGAACCUCAGGAGUGAUUUGGAAGGGGUUGUGUUCUGAAUAUUCUGUAUAGAUGUGUGAGGUAGUGAUUAACGGUGGGCCAGGUAUUUAAUAAUAAAAUAGAUUUUGAAAGAACA